GUCUCGUCUUCCCCGCACUCCAUCACUCCCUUCCCCAACCGGAAAACAGAAAGCAGAGCGCCGAGGAAACAGAGCCAAGAAAUGGCGCACUACCACCCCAUCUCCAUGGAGGCCUACGAUGACCUCGAGGCCGGCUUCUCCAGCCACUCCGCCUCACCACUGAAGCCGGCGGCCUCGCCGAGGCGGCCCGGCGGCAUGUUCUGCAACCCCUACGACAACGCCGACGAGCUCCACGGCCACCACCACUACCUCGACAUCUGCUUCCGCUGCCGGAAGCUCCUCGCAGGCAACAGAGACAUCUUCAUGUACAGAGGUGACAUGCCGUUCUGCAGCGAGGAGUGCAGGCAGGAGCAGAUCGAGAUCGACGAGGCGAGGGAGCAGAGGUCGAGGCAGACGGGGAGGGCCGAGCAGCAGCGGCAGAGGCAGCAGAAGCAGAACCCCCAGAGGAUCCCCGUCUGGGCCUUGUGAUGAAAUUUUUGGGCACCGAACAGCGUAGGAUUUAGCUGCACUUCAAGAACCGAAGCCUGCACGAUGCGGUGGAGAGCUCGCUCAUCCGUGCUUGCGUGCGUGUGGAAGCACGCGCGGAUCACCGGCUCGACGGAGGCGAAGGUCACAGGUCAGGCAGGGGAGAUUGGAAUCGGCUGCGUCUUGUACUUUCUUGAUGAAAUCGAAUCAGCUCCUCUUCUUGGUCUCGGAAAUCUGGAGACGGAGAGUUAAUUUGGUGCGUGAAAAAAGUGUGCGUGCGUGCAACUUGUGCCGCGGUCGUGUGUGGGAUUGCCGUGUAACCUGUUGAUAUGAAAGAAGUGAGAGGCACAAGAAGUUCUCUCAAAUUUCUCAUCA